GGAGCUGGUGCUUGAGUACGUGCGGCCGCUCGCCCACCUCGACACAGACGUGGGAGCGCUGUGCGAGCAGCUCAGUGGCAUCCAGGACCUUUGGGCGGCGCCGGGCCAGCCUGCCUUCGUCUCCGGGUCCACCGAGGAGCGCGAGGAGCUGGAGCGCCAGGCACUGGAGCGCCGGCAGCUGGAGUACAGCCUGCCGCCAGGAGGCCCUCCGGGCGCCCGCAUUGAAGCCGGCGCUGGCCGGCCCUGUUGGCGCAGCGCCGCGGCAGGCGGCCGCCCGCGGCGCCGAGGAGGCCGCCGCCGCCGCCGAGGCCGCGCGCGUGGCGCUAGUCGGCGCCGCCGGGGGCCCGCCCGCGGCGGCGGCCAGCUUGGCCCGAGACGAGCCUGAGGCGGCCGCUGGCGGCGCCGAGGAGGCCGCCGCCGCCGCCGGCGCCGAGCUUGAGCACCAGCUCGGCGAGCUCGGGUGCUAG